UUGCGUCGGUGCGAAAGGAGAAGAAAGGCGCUGAGCCGGCCUCGCAUCGCGGCUCGCCUAGCCAUCCACAGGGGCGCUGGGCCGCCGUAGCGCCGCCAAGGAGCAUCUGCGGCUGCCAUGCCUCUCGGGAGAAGCUCGGCAGCUCGCGGGGACGCCAGAGAAGCAUGCCUCGCCGCACUUACCGAUUCGCCGGUUUUGGCCUGCAGGCAACUCGGAGCCAGCACUGGCACAGAGCGCAGGCAACCCGGCACCCCGCGCCUCCCGUCGGAAGGUAGCGCAGACGCACCCCACGAGGCGGCGACGGGCACGUCUUGCCCUCACCUGCCACCUCGGGAGCGGUCGCACGGCAAUCGUGGGCGAGCAAGGCCAGCGUCGAGGAGCGCGUGGUCUCACCGCUCGGUGGCUUGUGCUGCCAAGGGUUGCCUGCUCCACCCACAUCCCACAUGCAAUUCCAGCAUGCGGCAUGCCCAGCUCGACCCUUCUCCGGCAUUCUCUGCGUUCUGCAUAUGCGCGCACGCAUGCAUGGGAACGGCUCUUGCCCGGCGCUCUGCCGCUGCGCUGCCCCGGUACGGGCAUGUCGAGUCGAGCGGCGGAGUCUGGGAGCGCAGCUGCAGCAGCAACCCGCGGGCCCGAGGGACUGGAAGACUCGAUGCGCAGCCUCUCUCGAGCCCGGGCCGCCUGAUCGAUGAGCCGAACAGGCGCUGCCCGGCGAGCCCGCGAUAAGCAGAACAGGCGAAGAGUGUGCGAGGCAUGCGAGCUGCGUGGCCACAGACCCGCCGUGCGUCCCGGUCG